GUCUUUUACUUUUCUUUAACUACUUCUUUAGUUCACUCUCCUGUUUGUCAGUUAAGUGGCAAAAAUAACCCUUUGCAUGUAAGAAGCUGUAGAUUUUUGUCACCUAUAAUAGCAUUGACAUAGGAUGCUUGCGGAUUUGUACUGAGUAUCUUUGAAACACCAAAUUUGAUGUUUGACUUUGCUUGUGUUUGUGCUGCAUUGUGACUUACAUGUGAUUGUUGCUGUAGAGUAGAUUGACAUGAAUUUACACAAUUGUAGAUGAAUAAUGAUUCUCCUCAGUGAUUGACUGGCCUGAAACAAUAUUGGUGUUUUUUAUAAUAUUUUGAAAAAAGGUCUUUGUGAGGAAUCAUUAUCUACCAUCACAUAACAGUUUGUGUUGGUAAGACACACUAGGCAUGGUUUAUUGGCGCCAGACCUGGGGCAAAAGAUUAUUUCACCACGAUGCAUUAAACUACGGUGGUAGACCGAUCAGACCACCAGACAAAUGCUGCCGAAUCUUGACUGUGGAAGGUAGUCUGCUCUCUCUGCGUUCAUUGUAGUCCUGUUUGAUCCAAAAUACAUAGCUGACUAAUAAAGCUUUAAAAGUAGUAGACAAAAAUGCUUCUUUCCGUACUUGGGGUGUACUUGAUUUGCCUUUUCCAAUAGUCAAAAGAUAGUUCUCCUCUUUUUAUAGGUUCUUUAGAUUUGCUGCUACAUUUGAGAAAAUUGAAUGCCAAAAAGUAAAAAUUGAAACAUUUCUUGAACUAAGUCAAGUAGGGAAACCGCUGGACAUCAAAGAUCCCACUUUACUAGACAAAUUCCAAAAUAAUAUUGUAUGACAUAAAAAAAAAUCACACACUUCACAAAAGGAGAACGAGCAGAGGCAGUGACUUUAGUUUUGUCUGUCAUUGACUAACUAGAAGAAAACUAGAAGAUGAGGUUACCACUGCCGCCGGAGGAUUUACUGUACUUCUUCCUUCAGUUUUGACGUACUGUACUUACUGCAUACUACAAUAUAAUAAGACUGUUUAUUGGCAAUAAUCUGGUGUUACAAUACUUAUGAUACAGGGAUUGCACUUCAAUAUAUUGUGAUAAAUUGCAAUAUUUGCAAAAGUCUAGUUUUAGGAAAAUCAAGAUUCUGGAAUUACGAUCGUUUAAAACACACUUUGUGACGCUUUUGACAGGUGGUGUUCAUACGGUCAGGCUUUUUAGAAUGAACAGAAAUGAUCAUUUACACAAACUGUGCGUGAACUGUCUACCAGCCACAGCUAACCUUUUAGCAGCACUUGUCUGGUCCUAGUGGUUCUCCCCAGGUGUGGUGGGCACUGUAAGGAAUGGAGUAUGUCUUUGAUAUGUGCUGUAUUGCAUUCUCCCUCCUCCCUCUCUACUCAAGCACUUGGGCAGAAGGGUGAUUCCCCUGCUCCCAUCUCUCCUCUCUCCCCUCUUCACUCCCCUGACUCUCUGGAGGAGCUCUCUCUGACUGAGAGUCCCAACCAGCCCCCUACUUCGGGAUCUGCUGUACCCUUGGGCUCCUUCUCCACUGACCCUCCUACUACUCAUUCCAAGGACAUGCCUUGGGUGGGUGAAGAGGGUGAUUCUGGACCGGGCCGUAGUAAGAAUAAGGAAGACCUUCUAGAUCCAUUAGCUGGUCCUUACCUGAGUUUAGGGAAAGACCCAGGGCCUCAUAAUCCGUGCGAAGACAGCGGAGUUUCCUUUUCACCUGAGGAGAAGCUGAUUAGCUCAGACAGGUCCUCCACUGGCCCCUCCCCCGUGAAUCCCCAGAUGAUGGUCCCUGAGUCUCACCUUGCCUCCUCUAACCCAACAGAGCACUGGGAUUCACCAUUUCUAGCAUCUCAAGACAACUCCAAGGUCUCCAUGGAUACCUUCUCCAAGGACACAGCUCCCAUUAGCUCUUCCAGGUAUGAGCAAGACCUGCACGGCAACCAGUCUGAUGAAGAUGAUGACCUGAUGUAUGAGGUGAAGAAGAAUAAUAACCCAUUUGAGGGCUAUUCCCCACUGGCAGACAGUGGCUACUCCCAUUUUGGAGACUCCAAGUCCGACAGCAGGGCCUCAAAAAUGUCAGAGAGUCCCACUCCAGAUCUGGUCCAAUAUGGCCAGAGUGGAGAAUCCCAGGAUAUCCCACCCUCUUUCUUAGACGAGGGGAAAACAUUUGAGAUAAGCAAGACGGCUACUGACUCGCUCAUGCAGUCACUAAGUCAGUUCUCAUCUGGUCUGAAAAAUGAUGAUGAAGAGGAAGAGGAAGAGGAGGAUUCUGCUCUGCCACCAUCGCUUCCAGACAUCCUGAAGUCUUCUCCACUCAACCAUGACAAAAUCGACUCAGGCUCCUCAGAGGGAAGCCCGGAGGAGCGGAGUCCUAUUCUUGAACGGAGGAUGAUGGAGUCCCCCAACCCACCAAUCAAUCUGUCCGCUAACAACCCGUUUGCCUUUGAUGCUAAAGUGUCCCUCCUAAAGGAGAUGACUGAAGAGUUGGAAGUGAAAACAGCUGACAAAGCAAAAGUCGAAGACGACAAAAGCUUUGGCUCAUUUGAUCUUGUCAAAGAGGCAGAGGAAACCACCCCAACUAAGGUCAAGGAAGAGGAACCUGUCAAGAUUGAGCAGAAAGAUUGGUUUUCAAGCCAUGAUUCUCCCAAAAUGACGGAAAAGUUUGAGCCACUCGACUUUCAGAGCAAAAAGACCCCCGCUGAGGACUCCGAUUCAGAAUCGCCAACAGCAGACUCCCUGUCACCAGUCCUGGAAGCCAUGGCCAAGAACCCUGCCAGCUUCCAGGUGGAAACAGAGAAGAAGGAUCUGACGAUGGAGUUGGAGGAGCCAGAGGUGGCUGAGGAGGUCUCUGAGCAUGAAGUCUCCUCUGAGGAGUUCGAGUUCAUUGAGCGACCACCCAGGGGUGUUAUCGAUGAGUUUCUUGAGGCUCUGGAUACUUCCAAGUUUGCCUCCUCCAUGCCCCCAGAGAUCCCCAUGGAUGAUGACGAUGAUGAUGAUGAUCUAAGCUUUGGGCAGAAAGAUGUGGCUCCAGUUGCUGCUCCGCUUCUGACAAAAGAAGUCCCGGCCCCCAAGGUUGAAGAAGAGGCUCCAAGUCAGAGCUCCUACCGCCUCCUCACCCAGGCUUCCCCCCAGAAGAGCAAGGCAGAGCUGGAGAAGCUCGACAUUCAGCAGCCCCCAUCCCAAGCUCCACUCACCCAUUCCCCUGUCUGCAAACCAGAGGAGGCGGUCGCUAAGAAGAGUGCGGAGGGUGGCAAACUGUUAAAGAUGCCGAACGUGAACAUAAGAGCAGGUAAAAUAUACCAGUUCAGGCAUGGAAACCAUCCCCCCCACAUCCUCCUCAGUUUUCACUGGCACUUCCAUGUUCAUCGGCAUAAUUUUCAUCCUCACUCUUUUGUUCUCCUCAGUAAUUUUUUCCCAACCACCCAACCAGCAGCCGGUAUUUAGUCCCUCUCUCCUUAGUGUCACCUUUCCUUUCUUGCAUCGUCCCUUUUUGCUUUUUCUUUGAAAAUUAACCCUUGCAUUUAGCGGUUUAAUUUGUGUGGUUGUGUGUUCCAUUGUGCUUUUGCUGCAUUUGUGCGUUGCUGUCUCAUCAGAUUAACAUCAUUUCUGUGUACCUGAUCAUUUUAUUUCAUCUAUGAAUUUACAUUUUACGAUGUGGUAAGUAAAAUGUGAUUUAUUUGACUAUUUCUGUUCUGUUAAAAACAAGAGCUCCUUUUAUUGUCUUUUUUUUUUAAAUACACUGAUUAUAUUAUUUAUACUUAGAUAACAGAGAUGUUGGUUUUUCUUAAUUGUUAACCACCUACAAACACUUGUACUGAUGCUUCUGUUUGCCCUCUGAGCAUUUUUGCUGUCGAAUUGGAUUACCUUUUCCAUCUGGUUUUAGCUUCUCUCUACUCUGGAAACCAGACACCACCUUAUAGACCCCAACACCCACUCACACCCACUCACAACCACAUACACACUCACAACCAUACACACACACACACACUCACAACCAUACACACACACACACACACACACACACACAGAGCGGCCAACCACGCCCUGUAACUGACUGAAUAUGCUGCCACUCUGAUUUAUUUUGUGCUUUACAAUCUCUCCCACACCCAGUACAUGCUUGCAUCAGAUUUUAUGUACCUGAAGCUAAAUGCUGAAUAUCAUUUAGUUAUAACCUCUGUGCCACAUAAUUUGACUUGUAAUGACUUUAUAGGUUGUUGAACUUUCUGUCCACCAGCCACUCUGAUUAUUUACUUAGAUUUAUUAUUUAAUAAAUCAAAAGUGGCAAAUAUUUGCUGGUUCCAGCUUUUCCAGUGUGAGUCGUUGCUGCUUUUGUUUGCUUUUAUAUCACAGUAAUCUGAAUAUCUUUGGGGUUUGUUGGUCAGACAAAACAAGGCAUUUGAAGACGCUCUUAUGUAAUGGCAAUUUUUUCUACUUUUUUCACAAUUCAUGAAAAUAGCCCUAAGGAGGAUUGGUUGAUCAGUUAAUUUGUACCUGGAAGUUUUGGGAGGGUAUUUUCUCUAUUAAAAAGUGGAUAAUUCAUGCAUUUUAUUAUUUAUUUUAAGAGUCCAUCUGAUAACCGUAAUGAUGCCAAACCAGAUUUUAGACUUGCCACAGUUCUAAUAUCCAGGGCAAGUCUAAAAUCUUCUAAUCUGUAAAACCCAGUGUUUGUAGUUCGUCUUUAUUGUGCCCUGAGGUAAUGUGUGCGAGAAUAAAACUGUGAUGUAAUGAUAUUUCAGAUGGUUUAUCAGACAGAUGCAGAGCGGCCUCCUUCAGGGCUUUUAGGAAGUGAUGAAUCGCUCCCGAGGCUCCGCUGUCUCUCUGAAGACAACAUCGCUUAGUCUUCAUUUUAAUGGAUGACUCAGUUUUAUUUGAACUGAUAUUGAUCACUUAAUAUACACACACUUAUAUUAAUGCCUUUACACACACACACACACAUCCACAGUGUUGCAGACACUAGAGCUUCUGUGUAAGUAGAGCAGUAGGACUUUGCUCUUUGGGACAAGCUGCCGAAGCGGUAACUGUGUGUUGGAAAGAUCUCCUGUUAAUUAAAGCCUCCUCCUCCUCCUCCUUUUCCUCCUCCUCCCUGCAUUGCGACACUGGCAGGCCCACAAAGGGUUCUUCGACCCAGAAACCACUCAGCAAAUGUUCUUCAUUAUGCAACUUGAGGUGCAGAGCUGCGAUCUGAACAUAAAUCUCCCUGAUCGUCCUGUCACACUAGGAGCAGCUCUCGUUAUUUGUUGCUUCACUGACGGAUUGUUUGGAAUUUUUUCUCUACUGAUCUGAAUAGCGUAUCUGAGAUGAACUACUGAUACCAGAGUGAUGUUUGUGUUUUAUGGCUUUACAUACAGAGCAACAAAAGGUUGUUAUUAUAAGGGCUGCAACUCACAGUAUUUGUUCCUAUUACAAGUAUUUUAUGGAUUUAUGGAUUUAGUUGUUUGAUCUAUAAAAUGUCAGAAAAUAGACAGAAAAAUGUCUUGUUCUGUCUGCACAACAAUCCAAACCCAAAUAUAGUCAAUUCACUGUGAUAUAAAACAGAAUAGCAACACAUCUUGGUUCACAUUUGUGACUGAAAAUAAUCAAUUGUUCUGUUGAUUGACUGACUAACUGUCUCAAUUCAUCGACUAAUUGUUGGUAUUAAAAGGGGUUUUGAUGGCAUCUGUGUAGUGAUCUUAAAGGCAUACAAUGCAGGAUUUAUCCGUUGUUUCCCAAGUUGGCCCCCUCCUACCUGGAGACUAAAUGAAGAGAGGACAUGACGUUAGUGACAAAGCAAGGUUAUUUCUGGAUUUUUUUGGUGAAUGCAACUGAAGUGUAGCUUCAUCUGUCCGCCCUCGGUCAAACACACACUGACACACAGACCUGAAGCUCGUUAUACGUCCAUGACACAGACAGGGAGCAGAAACACCCAGAAACGUCUCACACACAUCAAAUUAAGAAAAUACAGGUGGUCAAUAUAUAAGAGGAGAGAUUGCUGACUUAAUCUCACCAGCAUUUGCCCUUACCAUUGAUCCCAACAACGGGAUGAAUCUUUAGGUGAUAAGGGGAUUUGUUCAUCAUGUUGCUGUAGGUCUGAACACACUUAAAAGCUGGUUGCUCUUUCUGUGGCGGCCUGUGGCCUCAACCCACCACCCAUGUAAAUGUGGUUAUAAAAACAUGCCCGCGGUAAUAUCUGACACCGUUUCCUAUCCACUGGAAAUAGGACGAGAGGUUGCCAACUCAUUUUCAUUCUGUCUGUCAUUUGUUAGUAAAUCAGCCAUUUGAGGUGAAACAGCUACACUGAUGUGCCACAGGCAGGAUUUUAAGAAAAUAACAGCAUCGAUUAUUGCCUAAUAAUACAUUCAAAUGGUUUCAUUAACAUGCAGAUAUUGCUUUACAUUGAUUUUGUUGGAAAAACAAGGAAAUGUGUCACUAUCUGCCUUUGAACGUGUAACUGUAGUGUACAGUUUUAUGACCUGAGUAAUGACUGAUUGUGUGCUAUCACCUCGGUGGAUAACAUCAGCAGUAAAGAAGUGAUUCAGAAGGAGGUGAAGGGUCACUGUGGGCUGCUUUGUCCUCAGAGAGACAAACUUUGUACUUCUCCUUUAUGUAACCGCCUCUCUUUCACCACUGCAGUACACUGUUUCAUGAACUGCAGGUCAUCACUGGAGACGACUCGUGGUGAAAUGGUCAGACACUGGACUAGAUGGAAAAUCCUGUUAAUUGUAAUUGUAUGUAGACUGUGUAAUACUUGUAGUAAAUUAGAUCAUUAUAAAAGGGUUAAUAUUCAAAAGCAUGAAACAGUCUCAUGCAGAUCAAUCCAUAUAGAUUUUGCUAAGGGGUUCUUUGAUCCAGACGUUGUCUUACAGCUGAAGGCCCUGUCUUCUUCUUCUUUUGUCGUUGUUAAAUGAGUUUUUAUAAGUGAGAGCCUUUGAAUUUGAUUUGAAGAGCGAAGAAGAGGGGAGGUAGAGGAGUUUAUAAAGUGAGACAGGUGCCCUCUAGUGGAAGAAAGCAGUGAUUACCACUCAGAGGAAGUGUAACUCCCUCCCUCACUACGGACCAGUUGAUAAGAUACCUAAUAUAUACAGUUGUAUCCUAUCCAGCCUGUAAGCAUGCACCGGCUUUAGUCAGUUCUCUUUGUAUUUGAGAUGUUUUUCUGUUUGUUCUUUGGUGCGUUUCCUGCUCUCCUGUUUGGGAGAACGGCGUGUAAAUGCUCGGAAAUCUUGGCAGCAGUUAAGCGAACUGGCAGACAACCAACCAUUAUUUUGCAUUAUUUUCCCUAACGUCCUUGUUCACACUAAAGAAGGGGACUGUAAAGUUUGAACCACUCGAGCAGUUUACAGUAUAAAAAACGAUAUAGUUAAAGAUUCGGGUUCAGUACUGAUACGAAAUGAUUGAAGCUUUGUGAUGCUUUACUUUGUGAAAUAGAGGAUGUUCUUCCUGCAAAAGUUUUAUUCAUUUAACAAAAGAGGCCACGGUUCUCCAAUAUUACAGGUUUUUGUAAAGUAGCUGUACAAGAGCUUGUGCAAAAGUGGAAGUUUGGUAAAUUUCAAAUUGAUGGAGCAAUCACUCGAUUAGUUGAUGAGCCAAAAUUGUGGGUUUUGGACUGUUGGGCAACCGAGACAAGAUAGUUGAAAGCUUUAUCUUUUGGCUCUUUGAACUUUGAUUAGCUUUUUCACAAUUUGUCCUAAACAGAACAGGAAUCUGAUACGUGGAUAUGUGAUCACUCACAGCUGACCAUGUGCAAUCCUCCUCCCUUUUUGCCUGCUUUCGUUAAAACAGUGUGCAGCUUUAUUGUUCUAGAGAUCUGUAGCUGUUGUAUUUAGAUGUGUUUUACACAGACGGACAGAAGUCAUCCAUCGGCUCCUUCUCACUGCUUCGUCAGCAGAUUUGAGAAAGCGGAGGGAGGAGGAGGGAUGACGAAGGAAAAGCAGGGUGAG